CUUCGCGUCGAGCCCAAGCCCUUCACUUUUCCUUGAACCCACACACAAUGGCGACGCCCAUGGAGGAGGACUUGCCGGGGGCGGAGGCGGAGGCGGCGGGGCCCGCGCCGCCGCCCGCCGCAGCCACCGGGGGCGACGGCGACGGCGAGAAUCCCGCCCCGGCUCCCGCUUCCCCGUUCUCGGACUCCGAUUCGGACUCCGACGAUGGAGGGGAGGGCGGGGACGCCGCCGACGAGCUCCGCAUCCAGGCCCUGGAGCAAGCUCUCCAGGAGCAGCCUCUCGACUACGAGUCACACGUCCAGUAUAUACAGUGUUUGAGGAAGUCGGGUAAGAUCGAGAAGCUUCGUGCAGCAAGGGAAGAGAUGAACAAGUAUUUCCCACUCACACCUAAGAUGUGGCAGGAAUGGACGAAAGAUGAGGCUUCAUUGAGGCCUGAAUCUUUUGAGGAUAUUGAAAAGCUCUAUGAACGUGGAGUGCAGGAAUACUUGUCUGUUCGGCUAUGGCGCGAUUACCUUGAUUUUGUUGAAGAGAAUGAUAAAUCAGUGUCCCAAUGUUCACCAUCUGGCCUCACAAAAAUGAGGAAUUUGUUCGAACGUGCUAUUACUGCAGGGGGAUUGCAUGUGACAGAUGGUAGCAAGCUAUGGGAAGCAUACAGGGAAUAUGAAAUGGCCAUUCUAACCAUCAUUGAUGACGAUGACGAGGAAAAGGCAAAGCAAGUACAGCGCAUACGUGUUCUCUUUCACCGCCAGUUAUCUGUUCCUCUGGUUGACAUGGAAUCAAUACUUGCUGAGUAUAAGAGCUGGGAAGCCGAGCAAGGUAAUGCAAAUGACCCAACCUCCAAUUUUGAUGGUGUUCCCUCAAAUGUUGUAGCAGCCUACAAAAAGGCCACUGAGAUGUACAAUGUGCGGAAACAAUAUGAGGAUCAACUGAGUAAUGCGGAUGCAUCUGAUGAUGACAAAUUGGAGGAGUUUCUGAAAUACAUCAAAUUUGAGGAGUCUUCAGGUGACCCUGCUCGUGUUCAAGUUUUGUAUGAACGAGCUGUUGCAGAGCUUCCUGUUUCAACUGAUCUAUGGAUGGGAUACACGAGUUACCUGGACAAAACCCUGAAGGUACCUGCUGUUCUCAAAAGUGUUUAUCAGAGGGCCACAAGAAACUGUACUUGGAUCAGUGAACUAUGGGUUCGUUAUUUGUUGUCAUUGGAACGCAUUCGUGCAUCAGAAGAAGAAUUGCGGCAUGUCUUUGAGCAAGCUCUCCAGUGUUCUUUUCCAAGCAUAAAAGAGUAUCUCGAAAUUUAUCUUACUCGAGUUGAUAGUUUAAGACGGAGGAUGGCAGACGGCUUGGAUUUCCAACUGAUCAGGCAAACAUUCAUGGAUGCUACUGAGUUUCUUUCACCCCAAAUGGGAACAGAGGAUUUAUUGCUUUUACAUGCAUACUGGGCCAAAUUAGAGCGUACUCUUGGAAAUGAUCUAGCUGCAGCUCGUGGUGUUUGGGAAAAUACUCUCAAGAAAAGUGGUUCUGUUUUGGAAGUCUGGCAGCACUACAUUGCAAUGGAGAUAGAAACCGAGCAUAUUCAUGAGGCUAGGUCACUUUAUAAGCGCUGUUAUACCAAAAGGUUUUCUGGGUCUGGAUCAGAGGAGAUAUGCCAUGCGUGGAUAAGAUUUGAAAGGGAGUGUGGCACGUUAGAAGAUUAUGACCUUGCUGUAAAAAAGGUUAACCCUCGUUUGAAGGAGCUUAUGAUGUUCAAGGCACAGCAGGAGGUUAAGGUUGACACUCAUGUUGUCCCCAAAGAAACUACAGGAAGUGAUUUCUCUCAGAAAAGAAAAUCAAGCAAAAUCCCCACCAAACAGCAGCCUCCUGCUAAGAAAAAGAAAGACAACCCACCAAAAAGUGCUGUGCUAUCUGAUGAUCAUGGAUCAAAGGAACAAAUUAGCACCGGUCAUGUAAAAACUGGAGAGGUCUCAGGGGAGAAGACUCAGGCAUCUAUGGAAGUGAAUCUGGUGGACGGCAGCCGGAGAGAAAAUACAGCUUCAAAAGAAUCAAAGUCGAACUUCUACAGUGACAAAUGCACUGCUUACAUGUCAAACAUAGACUUGACAGCAAACGAAGAGCACAUCCGGCGUUUCUUUUCUGAUAUUGGUGGUGUGACAGCAAUAAGGUUGCUGAGGGACAAGUUCACCAAAAAAUCAAGGGGGAUUGCAUAUGUGGAUUUUUCAGACAAUGAACAUCUUGAGGCAGCAAUUAGAAAAAACAAACAUAAACUGCUUGCAAAGAAAGUAAGUGUUGCUCGUUCAGAUCCAAGCAAGGGCAAGAAAAACCGUGAAGCAGGAUCUUUCUCCAAAGACCAAGCUACUAGUGGCGAUCGUGGUGAAACGGCAGAAUUUGCCAAUAGGCCAGACAAGGAAAUUCCCAAAGAUAAACCCACAAUCACAGGGAAGAACACCUUUGCUGCACCACGAUCUGUGGUUAAACCUCUUGGAUGGACACAAAAGGAUGAAAAAUCAGAUGUGGGCGCAGAAGAGUUAAAAUCAAAUGAGGAGUUCAGAAACCUUUUACUUAAGAAGUGAUGCUGAUAGGCAGGUGUGUGGAUCUCCAUGUUGCCAUCAAACUCUGAUUUCUGUAAUGUACUUUUCUGGUGGCUUCAUGCAUCAUCUUCGGUGAACAGAAAAUCAGUGACCUUUUGGGCUCCUCAAAUUGAAAUCUAUCCAUCCAGCUGCAAAAGUAUAAUCAGCACAGGAGAAUCCAGACAUCAUUAGCAAACUUCUUAGAAACCUUCUUUUUUUUCUAGUUUGAAGGAGGGAAGAAUUUUCUGAAAGUCGUGUAGGACUUGUAGUUUGCAGGGAAACGGUGUAUAUAACUCAUGUGGCUGCCUUAAAACUGAGCUCCCGUGCUCCUUUCGCUUUCGUAAGUAGUUAUGCUCGUUUCUCAGGUUUUGUACUGCCAAGAAAUUUAUGAUCUCCCGUGUUAAAAAGGAUAACGGAUGGUUAGAGAGUGCAGCUUACGUAUGUCGGAUGCCAAUGUACUGACUGUAAGCUGAGCAAUUAUUCAUCACAACAGUACACCGGUUUCCAGUAUUUAUUGUUCGAAUGA